AUGCAGAUCUUCCCCCUCGCUUUUGGAGUGGUCGAAGUGGAGAAUGAUAGUGGUUGGUUAUGGUUUAUUAAACAUUUACAACAGUUUGUUCCUGACGAAGAAGAUUUGGUAUUUGUAUCAGACAGACAUCCAUCCAUUUACUCUGCACUUGGCAAGGUUUAUCCACUAGCCCACCAUGUCGCAUGUGCAGUCCACCUUUUUAGGAAUGUGAAGCAUAAAUUUAAAUGCGGUGGACUUGCUAGCAUGGUUUCAAAAGCUGCAAGGGCAUACACAGUAGGUGAUUUCGAGUACUGGUGGAAAGAAAUUGAGGACCGGAAGCCAGCUUGUGCCGUCUAUCUUAGAGAAAUUGGUUUGUCUCAUUGGACUCUUUCUCACUUCUCUGGAAAUCGGUACAAUGUAAUGAGUAGCAACAUCUCUGAGUCCCUAAAUGCAGCAAUGGUUAGGGCGGUGGAUUACCCUAUUGUUUUGAUGGUAGAAUUCAUAAAAGCUAUGUUGAUGAGGUGGUUUUGGUGUAGGAGGACAAAAGCACGUAAAACGAAGACAAGAUGUACACCAGAAAUGGAAGAAAUGUUGAUAGACCACUUAGAAGCGUCGGUGGAUUGUGCUGUAUCAUCCGCCAGUGAUUGGAUAUAUCAAGUUAACGACGGAAUCGGUUGUGUUUUUACAGUAGAUCUGGAGAAUAAAACAUGUACCUGCAGGCGGUUUGACGUGCUCAAGAUUCCUUGUUGUCACGCUUUGGCAGCCUCACAAGUUGGGGGAGUUGAUAAGUACACUUUGGUUGAUGAAAAUUAUUUUGUAGGUCCGUGGAUCAACAAGUACAAGGGUAUAAUUAUGCCAGUCCCUAAUGAGAAAGACACGGUUGUCCCAGAAACAUGUACGGAGGUUGAUGUGAAUCCACCAAACACAAAAAGAGGUGGUGGAAGACCACGUAAAAAAAAGGAUACCAUCUCAGGGGGAAGGGCAUCACGGCAAGCAAAAAGGAGGAAAGCAGAAGAAAAUCCGUAA